CCUGACCAUGACCAUAGUAAUCCUUUCCACCACCGUGAAACUUGUCUCUCCAGACUAUCUGACCUGUGAUGCCUUUGGAUAUUUCUUAACCCCAGUUCAGGUCUGGCUGGGCUUUGGGUGCCAUUGCCAGUACGCUCGGCCUUCUCUCAACCUGAGUUGAACUCCACAGGCUGCGAUCCUCGAUCGACGAACCACGAAUCCACCCGCAAGCAAAUCCCGAAGCUGAAUUCCUAAUAAAAGUCCCCCAACUGACAAGAACUAUUUCCGCCUUCCGUUCCACGCUGCCUCUCCCACACAGUUCACGGUCCAGGCCACACAUUUUCCCACAACUUUACUUUCUGUACCAGACUUCAACCACCUGUUUCAACGCCGGAUUGCUUUGAUAGACUUUUUCUUUUCUCGAUAGAGUCCACCGUGACGGCUACAUCGCUGCCGACUUACCGUGGACAUUCUGAGCCCCAGCUGCGGUUGCCCGCUGCCUUCACCCCCUCGCGCUCCUCAAUCCUCUGAUUUCUCGGGCAUUCCGAACCCCACAACACACACACACACACACACCACCACCACCCUCUCACCUAACUUGGCUGCUGUUCUUUCUUGACGACUCUCAAGUCUCAAGACUGCCUACAGUUUUGAGCUCGAGAGUCGUCUGAUCUCAAAAGGACUCGACGCUACUGCAACAUGGCCUCCUCCAAGGAACAACCGACUUCUCGUCCUGUCUCUGGCAGCUUCUCAUCCCGCCAUCCUCCUCCCUCUGCCAGACAACACUCUCAUUCUAUUUCGCUGUCGGCUACGAACCCUUCUCAUCGAGUCAACAGGAGGAAGAGCGUGAACGCAGGUGCCUCGACAACUGCCCAAGCUGCUAUUGCCGCGGCGUUGAGGGACCAGGGUGAUCUACCUGGAGUUCCGGUCCAGAGCCACCGCAGAAGCACGAGCUCGAGAAAGAUGACGGAAUCACACUCGAUGACUGCUCGGCCCAGUAUGCACUCCUAUUUCAACGGGCCCCCUGGCACGGCGGCUGCCGGUGACAACGAUGCAGUCGAGGACAAUUCCCACGACGAGGAUGCCCCAGCCUCGUCCAAGAACCUCAAGAAUCGUAACAGGCGAGCGAGCGAAGGGUCGCAUCUCAUCAAAGGCGAGGGUAAGAAGUCGGCUAUUGAAUUGCGGUGCGAUACCUGUGGCAAGGGCUACAAACACAGCAGCUGCCUCACCAAGCAUCUCUGGGAACAUGAUCCCGCAUGGGCAAUCACGUCCAAGCUGCUCAUCUCCAAACACCAGCAGGUUCAAUUACUCGAGGCUGCCUCGGUGUUGUGUAACAUGACCGCGGAGAAUUUGCCACUUGGCCAAUCCGAGAUUGAAGCCUCUGCGAUCGACGCAAGCGAAGAUUCAUCUGCAUCCCCAGGGUUCUCCUCGUCAGAAAUGCAGGACGAGCUCAGCUCAGUCGAGACAACCCCUCCCCCCAUGAGUGAAGCAGCAUACCCAGUACCGGACUCGAAAAGGUUCAGCACUGGCAGCACCGGCUUCUCGCGUUCGUACAGAUCUAUUCCGUCUAGCUCGUAUGCCGAGAGCUUUCACUCGCCGGGACUACCACCUCAUCGACUCUCUGGGGCAGACUUUCGGCCGAGCACAUCGGGGACUGACGAUGGCACGCUGGCGGCCGCGACAGCUGGCCUCACAUUCAGCAGCGGAACUCCUCGUACGAAGCCAUCCUAUCUGGGCGCUGAUGUGCCACCUGUACCACCAUUGCCACAACAAUACCAAUCUUUUAACAGCAAAUCGUCCGACAGUACAUUGACCGCUAUAUAUAAUCCGUUGUUGCAGAUGCACCCUCCUGCUUUGACGCAGAACUUAUCUGACGAGCGCAACUACCGGGACGGAAGUGACGACAGAGAUGUCCCGAUGGACGAUGAAGAGAUGUUCAGGAUGGAUCAAUAACGCGCUGCAACGGAGCAAAUACCACGAGCUGAUCACAUCCGUCCACUCCUUUUUGACGAUUUUAUUUUUCUACUCUCAUUUGGCCACAUCCUUGGGGGCAUUGCCUUUGUCAAUUGUACGUAUUUGAUUCCAACAUAAAACAGUUAACAUCUCCAUCUGGACUUGUCGUGGGGACGCCGCCCAGUCCGCAACGCCAAAUCAACUGCUCGGACAGAUAACGACAGGAAGACGCUGGUCUUUGGUUGCGCCAUUGGAGGAAAUGUUCAACGUGACGAAAACAUUGGAGGCGAAAGCUACUGGAACUAUUAUACUUUUUCCCAUUGUUUGGAGAAGAAAACUAUAUAACUUCCAUGCUCCGCAGACAGAUCCUCAAAACACCGAUGAGUCGACUCUUGCAGACGCUACGAAGCCGACGAGGUUAAAGUGAGUGGGACUGUCUCGCACGAUGCGUUGAGCAGGAUACAAUAUUGCUAUAACGAAAUGGAUUUCAUUGCACCACCGGGUUUGGCAUGGCUAGCCUUGCAUCCUACCCCUUUGUGUCCUGAAGAAGGGCCGAGGGCAGGAAUGAUGAUGUCUGCUUGUCUCAAUUUUGGGAACUCUUGUGAUGUGCGAUACGUUGCUGGUUUGGGCAACACUAUUUCAAGGGGGCGAAUAGUGCAUUUACUGGUGUUGCGCAGUUGAUGCCACCAACAUUGAGAUUCUGUGGGAAGAAUUUCCAAACCAA